CCAAAAUCACUCAACACAUUCGAGAAAAAUAAAAAAGAGAGAGAAGAUGAAGAUGAUCCAUAUGACGACGAUGCAAUACGCUUUCUCGAUUCUCCUGGUUUUUUCCAUCUCCAUGGCUUCUUGCUCCAUGAUUCCAUCGCUUGGAGGUCCACAAAUCGGACUCAACUACGGACAAUACAGCUCCAAUCUUGAAGAUAGUCCAGUGAUCGGAAUCAACUAUGGUCGUUACGGGUCAAACCUUCCUCAACCAGAAGCAAUACCAUCGCUAGUCAACUCUCUCUCCAUCAAACAUGUCAAAACCUUUGACUUGGAUCCAAGAAUCACCAAAUCUUUCGCCAACACUGGAAUCACUCUCUCCCUCUGUAUCCCCAACGACAAGAUCCCAUCUCUAGCCACCAAUCUCUCCGAAGCUGAAUCAAUCAUCAGAAAUUUCAUCUUACCUUACCACAAGAACACAAUCAUCACAACGAUCUCCAUCGGAAACGAAGUCUCCUUACUCCCGCAAUUCUCCAGCCACUUAGUCUCAGCUAUGGUCAAUGUUCACAAAGCAAUCAAGAGAUACAGAUUACACAAGAAGAUCAAAGUGUCCACAACACAUUCCCUCGCGAUUCUUUCCAGAAGAUUCCCUCCUUCGACUGCGAUUUUCCAUCAAUCGAUCGGUGAUUCGGUUUUGAAACCACUCAUAAGGUUUCUACAAAGAACAAAUUCACCUCUCAUGGUGAAUGUUUACCCAUACCUCGCUUAUAAACAAUCAUUCCCUUCGAUUCCUCUGGAUUUUGCUCUGUUUCAGCCGAUGAAUAGCCCCAAACGACGGAGAUACAUAGAUCCGUACACUGGAGUUGCAUACACCAAUCUGUUCGACAUAAUGUUGGAUUCUGUUGAUUCCGCCGUGAAAUCCUUAGGGUUACCUAAAAUUCCGGUGGUCGUAUCGGAGAUUGGGUGGCCAUCGAGUGGAGAUCCAGGUGAAACAGCUGCUAAUUUGGAGAACGCUAGGGUUUUUAACCAACGGCUCGUUGAGCAUCUGAGAAGAAGAUGGAAUAAAGUUCCUGUGUAUAUCUUUGCUCUGUUCGAUGAAGAUCAGAAAACUGGAGCCGCCGUGGAGAAACACUGGGGAUUGCUUUACGGUAACGGAUCGAGGAAGUAUGAUCUGAAUUUUUCGCCGUCGAUUUGAAGUUUGAACGGCGCAAGGUCGAAGAAGAUUUAGGAGAUGGUGGGUAAAUUGGUCAUUUUCGUAUAUGGGCUUUUGUUUUGUUAUGGGCCUAUUUUUGUUAUUAGCCCAUGCCAGUAUUACAUCAUGUUAAUCCACCGGGCUUACUUGUAAAUAAUUACAAAAUACAUAA